GUGACCAGAAACUUGCUAGAAAUGCAAACUGCUAUGCGCCGUGUGCCCAACGUAGCUGCUGCUUCCAUGAGGCAUGUACGCUGUGUGGGUCUUCAAAGGGCAGCUGCGCCGUGGCAGUCGCCGUGCCGCCACGGACGCGCAGCGUUGUCCCCUGUGCGAGCCAAGCCUCGGGCAGCAGCGACGAGAGGUUUUACGAGCCCGCACCAAGCUUCUUCAGCGCUAUCGGCAAGCCAGAGGUGGACGCGCUCAAAGCGAUGUUCCAGAACAACUUCAGCGAUGAAAUUAUCCUCAGCAUACUCCAGGCCCUGAUGGCAAAGGCUGUCGCGCCAGUGAAGGACGAACUGGGCGAGCUCAAAACGGAGGUGGCGCGCCUCCAGGGGGAGCUGAACCUCACCACCGCGCAGUACCUGAAUACACUGGGCCUCCUCCACAUGCGCGGCCUGAUGGAGCACAUCCAGGACACGAUGCACACGCGCACCAACGUGCAGUGGGACACGACCAAGGCGAAGGACUGCUGGCGCGCGUACCUGGCCGAGCGCAAGAGCCUGCAGGAGUGCCUGAAGAAGAACAACGUGAGCCCUACAGAUGCUCCAGAUGCGAUGACGAAGAUGUACGAGACCCUGUCAACCGCAGUCCACGACUCACGGUCCCCGGAGGAGUACCAGCAGACGAACACGAAGCUGUACAUCGGCCCUCCGCUGAAGGACAGCCGGCAGCGCGCCAUGAUGGCGUGCCUGUGCAAGGACGUGAACGUGGCUUACGAGUACCGGGUUUAAGGCAUCGCUAGCUCUGCUCUUUCACGGAUGCGUUCUGCUGUGUAGCAUGAACUCAUAGCGGGGGCGUCGCCUGGCGAUUGCAGGCCGGGGGUUGUGGCAGAUGUAAGGGCAAAUUGGGAAUGAACCGCAGGGGUAUAGGUACGCAUUUGUUACCUGGUAGCAGCAGCACUCCCGCAGACGUGCAAUCGGCGGGGGCUUCCGAUGAACCAGCAGGCAGGCAACGGCUGCAGUUUCCCGCAAGAUUCUAACCACGUUUUUUGAUUUCGUGGUUUAAAUGUGAAGUUUGCCGGAGCGUGGGUAGGGGGGAAGGCACGAUGCUCCAUGGCUGCGGUGUACAUUGCAUGCGCAGGGAAAUGGCCGUACUACUAUUGUCAUGUCUGACUGCAUCAUGUGUCAUGAUGCAGUCAGACAUGACAAUGGUAGUACGGCCAUUUAUCUUCAAUUGAUCGAAUGGUUUGCCACUAGCUGGCAGCACAGUGCAGGUCGCCAACCAAGUGAGGCGUCAGUAAGAGCCAAGGGUGUGUUAGAGAGCACAAGGAAAGACAAAAAAAGUGUGUAUGUGUAUGCCGCCGUUGCGCACUUUCUGAGUGCGGUUGAACGUCGGGCCUUCGCGGCGGCGCGUUGCAAGGCGGCAGCGGCGCUGCUGGGCCCCGAUGGCUGCUGCUGCAAGUGUGGCACCAAGGCCGCCAGGUACAGGCAUGGCAUGUGCGGCGCGUGCUACGAGUGGGAGCGCCGGCGCAAGUAGUGCGCAACUGUGUGUGUUGACUGCUGUAGUUUUGAGGGCCCACGGGACGAGGCACGUUUGCUGACUCGGAUGCGACAUUGCUCCUACGGCUGCUGUUGUAUGUUUUGAGGGCGCUCGGAUGCGACCUGGUUGCCGUGCAAGCGAGCAGAGUACUGGUAAAGCCACUCGUUCCUAGGUGCCCUCGCGCCCAUGCACCCACUGCAUGGUGCACUGUGCCAGCCACUUCUCACGCCUUGCCGCCGGUGCUGGAUCGGGAACUUGCCGGUGCUCACUUGUGUGCUGGCGCAGCCCAUAUUCUCCUUUGGCACGCAGGCCGCUUGCGUGCCGGACUCAGACUGAGCCGCACUCAGCAAUACAACCUGAUUGGAGUUGCCCAGCGACUGACCCAGCUUGCCACAGGCACGCGGCAUCCGUGCCUUCCUCUCGCGGCUGUUAGAGGUGCUAAAGCGCUGCGGGGUACGUGGGCUAGUGGUGAUUGCUAGUAAGUGCUGGUGGUCUGUGGACGGCUGGGCUUGGGCUGGGUUGUGCUCCAUGUUAGGUGUACGACCGUUGGGCUGUGGUGCGGUGCUGCCUGCCUGCCAAACAUUCAACGUCUGGACUUGGUUAAAUCCGUAA